AUGAAUGAAAAUAUUUUUUUGAAUGUCGGUAAAGCCGAAAAUAACAAAAUAAGAACGCUAGUCAACCAAAGCACAAUAAACCAGCUUAAAAACUACAAUUAUCCACGACGAAUCGAGAUGCAAGGAAUUGAUCAAGCUGUUGUUGUCAAUGAUUCAACAGUUAAUGUUUACACUCCUUUAGAUUGUGAUCGUUUUUAUGCUCCUCAAAUGAAUGGAUUCAGCUUAAUAUCUGUUUAUCAUCAAGGGCUUCCGUUUUCAAAAGAAGAUAUCAUUAAUGGAUUUUAUGAUGCUGUUGGUGAAAUGAUGUUUAUUCCAAUUGCAUAUAAACAGGAUAGACAUAUUGAUUACUUUUUGGUAAAAAAUCAAAAUGAUGCAUUGAGAGAAUUAGUCAAGAAUAAGCUACAAAUUCAAGUUAAAGACUGGAAACUCCCACUUUUGAUUAAAGUUGAAAUUUCUGCAAGCAACAUUGGACAAAUUAAACCGCGAAAAAUUAUUUCUUCCUAUGUUAUACGUAAAGUCAAGGAAAAUUCUGCAAUUGGAAUUUUAGAUUUAAAUGAUAUCCAAAAGGAACCAGAAUUUGUGGAUAUGCACAUCUCGUUGAAAAAUUUGGGUGUAUACAGAAUGUUAUUUGAUGAAAUUAACAACAUAAGAGGUAUCAAGUCAAGCUCUAAUUUUCGAGCUAUACGAUUGUGCAAUAAUGAAGUGCAAUCACUGGAACCAUUCAAGCGACUCUUUGACUUUAAUAAUAUUGAAAUACUAGAUUUGAGCAACAAUAACAUAACUGACGUUAAUGAAUUUAACAAUUUGUUGGGAUUGCAUUUGAAUGAAAUCACCAUUAAUGACAAUCCGUGCACGAAUAUUACAAAUUUUGAAAAAAUCAUUCAAAGGAUCCUGCCAAAUUUAAAGACACUGAAUUCAAAACUAAUUUUCAGCUUCUCGAAUUUGAUGAGUAGUAUCCAAAAUGGAAACAAUGAAAUACCAAAUAUAGGCGAUGGAACGUUAAUUAAGCCUGAUAAUCUAAUGCAAUAUCGAAAUAGAAUUGAGAAAAUAGUAAAUGAAAAGUAUUGGGCUCAAGUCACUCUGUUCCAUAAUAAACGAUAUAAUGUACAAGAGAUCAUGAAAGAAUUGUCAUCGAAUUUACUAAAGGAAGUUCAUUUUUAUCCGUGCUACUUAAAAAGAUUGGAUAAUCACGAUGAAUUUUAUUUAUACAGAAACUUUGAUGCAUUAAGAAUCUUGUUCCUGAAUGGAUUAAAAAUCCAGAUGCCAAAAAAUUCAUUCACAAUUGAUGUUCAUAUCCGUUUAAAUGUUGCGGAGUAUAGAGAGGGUGAAAUUAAUUGGUCUAGUAAGAUCUCGAAUGCUUUAAAAAAUCGUGUUCAUGAUGACAUCCUCGAUUUAAAUGACUUUCCACGAGAUCCAGAAUUUUCUAAGCUCACAGUACUGCUUAAUUCCAGCAAGACUUUAGAUUAUGUCCUGACACUUGCUAAAAGAAUCAAUCAGAACAUAACAAGAAUCAAUGCUGAGAACUGCAAUAUAACAAACUGUAAAGGAUUUGAAUAUCUUCUCUCAUUUCCAAAGCUCACUGCUUUAAAUUUAAGGAACAACAGCAUUAUGAGUUUAGAAGACUUUAAAAAGUGUACGUCAAUAAACGAAAUUUAUCUUGACGGAAAUCCAGUUUGCAGAAAAUCAUCAUAUGACUAUAUUGGUCAUGUUCUUGAGAAUUUCAGAGAAAUAGUUCACGUUGAUGGUCAUAAAGUUUAUGGACAAAAUCAAAUUGUGACUCAUCAGAACUUUAUUGUUAACAAUAAUGCUUAUAUAGUUGUGAAUGCAUUCGUUGACUAUUUCUUCCAUUUGUGGGAUUCAUUUGAACGGUCGAAAGUUCGUCAAUUUUACACUGAUACAUCAAUUUUCACCAUGAGCUUGAAUUAUGAAUUUCUUGAAAAGAGCUCUAACAUGACUUUUGCCCAGAUUUAUCCUCGAAUUCAAAAUCAUAUGAAAUUUCAAAGAAAUUUACUGAAAUUGAGUGACAUGAACUCAGUGGCAUCAAAAGUACACAUUGGAAAAAACGAUAUAGCAAUGGUUUUUAAUGACAUGAGCAGAACAAAACACAAUUUUUGUACCUUUACCGUCGACGUUCCAUUUUUUAGUGAAGAACAAAGAAAAAUUGGAAUUGUCGUCAGUGGAGUUUUUGAGGAGUUUCUUUACAACACUGAGGACAAUUCACUACCAUACAGUUUCUCUCGAACAUUUCUGUUUGACGUGAUUGAUGGAAAUUUUAUAAUUAAGAAUGAUCAACUAUUACUCAAAUCAACGACAGUUGCUCAAAUGGAAAUGCUAAGAAACGGAAAUAGAGCUGCAACAAAAAAGGAAAUUGAGGAAAAAUGUCGCGUAUUACUUCCAAGUGAAUUUGAAAAUCAGGCAAUUAAACUUGCAGUGUUCCAGAAAUUGACUGAAUGCUCAAAGAGUUAUUGUAAGAAAAUAUUACAGGACAACUCAUGGGAUUUAAAGGUUGCUUUAGCUUCCUUCACUUACUUGUUGGAAAAUAAUGAAAUUCCCGAUGAACAAUUUAAAUUUAAGUGUUUCAGAUCGUUUCGUGACAAAAUUUAA